CCAGCUCUAAAAGUGUCAUCACUUCUUCAAAACAAAUUAUUCCUGCAUUGCACUGAAUUGUUUAUAUGGAAAUGUCGAACCAGGAGACCCAGGUAUCCAGCCUGCCGAUGCCGCCGGAGCGGUACAUCGCCAACUACACGGAGGAGAACAUCCGGCGCAACCGGGCGCCACGCCCACCGCCGCCGCCCUCGCAGCACGAAGUAUACAGCAUGUUUGGCAUCCAGUACAACAACGACGAGAUGAUCAGGAGUCUGGAGUCGCAGAACAUCAAGCGGCUGAUCCCCAUCCACUUCGACCGGCGCAAGGAGCUCAAGAAGCUCAACCACUCGCUGCUGGUCAACUUCCUGGACCUCAUCGACUUUCUUAUCCUGAAUCCCGACAGUCCGCGGCGCACGGAGAAGAUAGACGAUCUGAGCCUGCUGUUCGUUAACAUGCACCACCUCCUCAAUGAGUUCCGGCCCCAUCAGGCGAGGGAAACCUUACGCGUAAUGAUGGAAAUGCAGAAGAGACAGCGCGUGGAGACCGCCACACGUUUUCAAAAGCACUUGGAGCGAGUGCGCGAGAUCGUGAACACUGCCUUCUCAGCCUUGCCGGUUCUGGGUGACGAUGACGAAAGUGGCGGGGCAAAGAUUAAGACGGAGGUAGAUCCCCAGGAGGCAAACGCGGCAGCCAAAAACGAUCCCAGCUACCAGCACGAUCGCAUGCUGUGCAAGCUGGUGGACGCCAUCGAAUGAGCUGGCAUAGACUGGACAUCGACACUGGAUUUUGUGUCAAUCAUUGUGAACGGCUUUCGAAAGAAGAGCUCCUCAUAUUUAUAACUGCUUUUAGUGUAAGGAAAUAAACCCAAUUUGUGUGAUGAGAA